AUGGUCUUGCCCGUGCCGUUUUUGGGGGGAGGCUUUAGCAACUUGGUCAAACUAAAAUCUUUAGUCUUAGCGGGGCAUAAAGAAGGUUACUGUGUGAUAAACGGGCUCGACGACAACUCCUUCUUCAAUGUCAAGCAAAUAACUCAACUAAAUUUGAGUAAUUGCAAUAUCUGGGCGGACAAACAGACGGAGUUUAUAUUUCAGCCACUAGUCCACCUCCAGUCAUUAGACGUUAGCUUUAACAUAGACCUAGGUGUUGACUAUUUAAUGCGUGCAUUAAGGAAUAUGGACAAAAGUAACAUGAUAAGUCUCAGAAUGAAUUAUAUUGAUUCCAGUUAUCAUCCAUCAGUAACCAUCACCCAGUCAAUGGUGCAAAGUUUGCCAAUUUCGUUGCGUUAUCUGGAAGCUCAAGGAAAUAACUUUGAAUCCGUGUCUCAAGGAGCUCUUCAAUUCAUGCCUCCAAAUCUCAGCUAUAUUGACGUUGGGGAAAACAGAUUUCUUUACGGUGAAUACAUUCACGAUCUGUAUUCACUUAAAGCACUCAAAGUUCUGAAGUUGAAUGGCGGGAAUAAUCUCCACAAAAUACCUAAAUACAAACCAAUGUUCACUUUUUCUAACAAUAGCUGGCAAGGAAAUUCUAACGAUCGCCCGGAACCACUUAUUUUCAAUCUCCCGCCAAAUUUACUUUGUUUAGACAUGAGAUUGUCUGGGCUGGCCUAUAUUUUGUCAAAACUUACAAUCGACGAGAAUAAUUCUUUGGAUUCCUUAAUUUUAAGCAGUAAUUAUUUUCCUAACCUACAAGGACCUAUUUAUGGUCUUUUAAAACUACGCAAACUUUACUUAAGUAGCUGUUUUGUGCGAAUAAUCCACGAAAGAAUGUUUCAAAAUUUGAAAGAAUUACAAGAACUGGAGCUUAAAAAUAACAGACUUGAGUAUCUAUUUCAGGAUUCUUCCCGGAGACCAAUCUUCCAGGAUCAUAAAAAACUAAAAAUUCUUGAUCUAUCUGUAAAUGACCUGUCCAUUGUUGAUGGGGGCAUUUUAAAAGACCUUAACGCUCUAGAAGAGAUCAAUCUAAGUCAGAAUAACAUUUGGCAACUAAAUAUAAAUAUAUCUAAUAUAUCAACUCUUCGGGUGCUAAAUUUAAGUUACACGCAGCUUGGUACCUUGCCGUUAAAGACACGCCUAGAUAUUGAUAUUCUUGUGAGAACCCAAAACAUCACAGUUGACAUGUCUAACAACCCUAUACGCUGCGAUUGUAACAACUUAGACUUUAUACAAUGGAUGAUAAGCUCUAAAGCUUUUGAUGCCAACUUUAAUGGAUAUAAGUGCCAAUAUGCAGACUCCAGCUUAAAAGUAAUACAAGAUUCGUAUGAAGAUACACUAAAUCGUCUUCGAUUCCAAUGUGCUGACAACACUAUUAUUUUCUUGGUGGUCCUCUCUGUCACACUUUUAAUGGUCACUGCAGUUGCUGGUGCUGUCAUGUAUAGGUUUCGCUGGAGACUGAGAUAUUUGUACUACGUGGCCUACUUGGUGGUCAAACAGAAAACAAAAGACAAAGGGAGAGAAGCGAAUUUUCUAUACGAUCUUUUUAUUGCGUAUGCUUCUGAGGAUGAGGAGUUUAUUUUGGAGAGACUCUUGCCAGCAUUAGACCGUCGUGAGCUGAGAGUCCUGGUCCAUGGACGAGACUUUGCUGUGGGGGAAUUCAUCGCUUCCAACAUUGUGACUGCCGUCAAAGAGAGCCGGAAAACUUUAGUGGUUCUCACACGAAAUCUUCUCAACAGCACCUGGUGUAACUUUGAACUGCAGAUGGCCAACAUGGAGUCUGUCCACACAGGGCGUCCAGUGCUUGUGUUUCUCAUCAAAGAAUCCAUACCUACGACAGAGCUGAACUCUGACCUCUUGUAUCACCUUAAUAAAAACACGUACCUGGUGUAUCCGCAAGGGGAGGUCACUGAUGUGUUUUGGAACAAACUGGCCAGGGACAUCAUGCGUCUCUAGGCUAUUUGCUCUAAACGCACAUCGUGAGCAUGUGAACAAAUGCCAGAACGGACCAACGUAAUACAGAAUUGAAAGCAAUGUGUUGGUGAUACACUCCCAGAGUUGAGUCACACAUAAAUAAAUAAAAACUAUUAAGUUUUCAUUACUGACAUUGGAUCAAUAUUAAAAUAAGUCUAGGGGGAGUUCAUUUUACAAAAUACUUUAUUUUUGACAAACUAGUAACUUUCAUUUGUGCUCAAAUGUGUUAUAAUUUGGCUUUUAUUUCGCUUAUAUUUUGACCUUCGCUAGCUUUAAUUUGGCUUUUAUUUGUCUGUUUUAUAUUUUCAAUCUAACCACGUGUCGAUUUAGCUUUAAAUUGGCUUUUCAUAAAGACAAUACAUUUAAUAUUGAUAUGGAGCAUCCCCAGUAAGCAGGCAUAGGGAGUGGCAAGUGAGGCAAUCGCCCCAGGCCCAGUGCCUGAUGGGGAGCCACGUGAUCGUAGUGUCACCAUCAGCUUCACAACCCAGAUCAGUUCUCAUUAACUAGCACUUGUUACUUAUCUUAUCUUAUAUAAUACAGACGUUACUUCAAAAAAGAAGAUGAUUACGUCCUACGCGUCAUGCAUUUAGUCAUGCAUAUUAACCAAUGACUUAAAUUCUGCCAAGUCUUUGGUUUUCCUGGCUAGCUCAGGCAACCCAUUCCAUGCCCUAACAGCACUAGGGAAGAAGGAGUAUUUGUACAAAUUUGUCCUAGCAUAUGGGACAAGGAAUGUGCCUUUAUCUUUGUGUCUUUCAGAGUAUUUUAUUAAAUUAAUUUUGUUUUUUUAUUUGAAGAUUAUGGUUCAGUGUUUUAUGCAUGAUUGCUAUUUUACUUUUGAGUCUUCUGUCCUGAAGGCUUUCUAAGUUAAGUGAUUUUACUAAAGAUGUUACUCUAGUCAAAUGUGACUAUUCGUUUGUUAUGAAUCUCACUGCUCUAUUUUGUGUCUGUUCCAGUUUCUUAAUAUUUCCUUGAGUUGAGGGGUCCCAAACGGAGGAUGCAUAUUCUAUUAUUGGCCUAACCAAUGUUAAAUAACAUUUUAAUUUUAUGUUCUUAUUUGAUUUAUAGAAAUUUCUUUUAAUAAACCCUAAUGCUUUAUUUUAUGUUUUAUUAUAGUUUCAUCAAUAUGUGGAUUCCAUGACACUUUUUCGUUUAUUAUUUACUAAAAGCUAAAAGCAUGAAAUAGCUCUAAACAAAAACAAUGGGUAAAGUGCUAUUAAUUGCACAGAUUUAUUGUUGUUAGUCUAGAAUCUAGAUCUACAUCACAGACCUAUAUAUAUAUAAGACCUAGACUGGAAAACGGAAACAAAUUCUUAUCCGAUAAUGAUCAGAUCACAGACCUAUAUAUAUAUAGACAGUUAUGUACGUAACUCUUUUUCAAGCUGUAAGGGGGAGUCGUCCCAAUCAAUCUUUUCUGUCUUAGAAAAGUAAUGAUCUUUAGUUUUCAAAGUUUAGAAAUAAUGCAAA